CCUGCACCGGCCUAUAGAACGUAGACCACCUUCGGACGAACGACUUUCGUCGGCCGGCGAGGGACCGGCGGGAGCGGGAAGGGGUUUAGAGCGAAGAAGGAGGGAAACAGAGGGAAAAGAAGGAGGAGAGGUGGACGAAGCGAGCGCGGCAGAGCGAGGGCAAGACCGACGGCGGUGUACUGGAGUGUGGUGAGCAGCAUAAGAACGGGACGGCGCGCACAGGUCCAUUUAGUUGGUAGGAAGCGUGAGGUGCCUUUGCGUCGAGGGACAACGGCGGUCGGACGCGGCUUUCGUGAAGACAGCCUGAGGAGCAAAGAGGUUUUAGAAGACUUGCAAAACGACUCACAACGACAGAAAUAUGAGGUGGAUUCUGGCAGCGGUGGUUGUGCUGGGGGCGUCUGUGUGGGAGGCAACCUCACAGUGCCUCACAGACGAAGACAGGAUAAAAAUCUUGGGAGUCAAUCAAGAACUAAACGAAGUCGUAGAUUUUGGCCUCGAGCUGUACAAGGAGUUGGAGCUCGGACAAGCCACCUCCUACCUGGCCACCGGGAGGAACCUGUUCUUCUCGCCCUACAGCGUCUGGUCGGCCCUCGUCCUCGCGUACUUCGGCUCGGGCGGGACAACCGAGGCCGAACUCCAGAAGGCGCUCGGGGUGGUCGACAAGAUCAAUAUUCUGACGAAGAUGCGUGCACUCGAACUCACGUACGACUUGCGGCGCUCCACCGGUUCCAGCUACAUAUUCAACGUGGCCAACCGCUUUUACAUCGACGCCGCCUCGCCCGUUCGGAAGUGCGUCAAGAACAUUCUCUUCAAGGAAAUCGCAGAAACCGACUUCAGAAACACCUUCGUGGCGGCGAACGACAUCAAUGAAUUUGUGUCCGAGACGACUCAAGGAAAUAUUCCCCGCCUGCUGGAGGAGUCUGACCUGAGGGACGCCCAGAUGGUUCUGGUCAACGCCGCGUUCUUCAAAGGCAUCUGGAAAUACAGUUUUCUCAGCAAUGACACCUUCCUCGCACCGUUCAGGGCCGAUCCUUCCCUUAGCUUCCAGGGAGGAGCUGGAACUCCCCCGAACGGCACGGGGAUGGUGUCGAUGAUGAACCAAACCGCCAGUUUCAAGUACGCUGACUCGAAGGACCUGGAAGCCCAACUCCUGGAACUCCCCUACGAAGGCGGCGCCAUGUCGAUGUUCCUGAUGCUACCGAAUGAAGAGGGUCGUUCGGGCUUCGCCAGGACGGUGGCGAGCUUCUCCUCCGCGGCCCUGUCGAAGGCCAUGAGGACCAUGAAGCCAGAGACAGUUAAUCUGCAGUUGCCGAGAUUCAACAUGAGCGUCGAGCUCAUAGAUGAACUCGAAGCCGCUCUCAAGAACCUCGGGAUCCGCAACGUUUUCGACCCCGAACACGCCGACUUCAGCGCCUUCGCCCCGACCCCGAGGAUGAGCGUGAGCAAGACGGUGCACAAGGCCUUCAUCGAAGUCAACGAAGAGGGCUCGGAGGCGGCGGCGGCAACGGUCCUCGCCGUCAACAUCCGCACGAGACCGAAGCCCCCCUUGAGCUUCGUGUGCGACAGGCCCUUCAUCUUCUUCAUUUACGACAACGACACGGAAAACAUCCUCUUCUUGGGAGUGUUCAGGAAUCACAAGGAGGCACUUGACUAUUAGGAGGGGGAGAGAGAGA